CUUACAAUCAUUUAGACCUUCUUUCGCCCACCUUUUGGUUCUACAUCUCAUAGAUUGAUUUGCGUUUAUAAUUGCUGAAGUCACUGUUUGGAUUUGGACCAACACAACAACCAUUGAAUUAUUAGUAAUUUGUUAUAAUCGUUUAUUGAUUCAUUGAUUGAGGUUUCGCAAAUAGUUUCUCUAUGUUAGUUUAAAAUUCUUCAUGACCCUUAUGCGUCGAAUUCGCAUUAUGCACUCUUUCUCUGUUGUCUUCCUGUACUGGUUCUAUGUGUUUUCAUGAAUUAGCUCACCUCAACCCUUGAACAUUCUUCCUGUUUGAUUUUAGAAGUUAAAAGUACCAAAUUCUAAACCGAAUAAGAAAACAGUAGUUACCUUCCCCCUUCUUUGAAUUCCUUUCCAUUGAACAAACGACACAAAGACAUGGCUUUGACUCAGCAACCAGCUAGUUCGGGUUCUGAUGGCCAGCGAUAUGCUACUAAUGAUGAGAGAAAACGAAAGAGAAUGGAGUCUAACCGUGAAUCUGCAAAACGGUCACGGAUGAGAAAGCAGCUGCAUUUGGAGGAGUUGAUGAGCCAAUUGACGCAGAUGCAGAAUCAGAGCGCUGUUUGGCAUGAGAGGAUUGAUUCUGUUGGAAGAAACUACCACACCAUUGAUGCGGAGAACAAUGUCUUGAGGGCUCAAAUGGCUGAACUGACUGAACGUUUGGAUUCGCUGAAUUCCCUUACUCGUUUCUGGGCUGAUGCUAAUGGACUUGCUGUGGACAUCCCUGAAAUUCCAGACACUUUGCUUGAGCCCUGGCAGCUGCCUUACCCAAUUCAACCCAUUACUGCCUCUGCUGAUAUGUUGCAGUUUUGAGCAAGCUCUUUGCAUUUCUGAACUACCAUGAUCUUAGCUUGGGUUCUUGCUUAACUGGGCGUUCCUGGUAUCCUCUUGGAUUCGAUUACAUAAACAGUUGCAGCGGAUGAGAACCUUGUUACUGGUUGCUUAAGUUUACCUUUAUGCAAUCACUACAUUUUGUUUGUUUGUAAUGUGAGUCGAUAGCUUUUCUUUGUGCUAGCUUUGUGUCUGUGUAUGGCUAUAGAUUCUCUCUUCAAUGUUUAGCUUUGGUGGAUUAGCAGUGUUUCUAGUACUUUGUUAAUGAUCUUUAGUCUCUGGUUUUAUUAAUAAAUCUUAAGUUUUGUGAA